AACAAAACAAACUUUGCCAAACUUUGAGGUUAGUUUUAUUCACUUUUCUUCUGAGCAUUGAAAAACAGUAAAAAAGAGCGAAAAAACAGUGGAAAAUGUUCACAACGAACCCACUGAGUGUGACAAAUUCCUUUGGGGGUGCCCCACAGGCAGCCAAUACGAAUCCCAUGAAGGAUUUCGAGGUGGUUUCCCCGCCGGAGGAUUCGGUGUCUUGUAUGGAGUUCAGUCCGGCAUCUGUGGCGCAGAACUUCCUCAUUGCCGGCAGCUGGGACAAUUGUGUGCGUUGCUGGGAGGUGGAGAUGACGGGGAAGACAGUGCCGAAGCAGAUGAAAACAAUGGGAGGCCCUGUGCUGGAUGUCUGUUGGUCCGACGAUGGGGGCAAAGUGUUCAUUGCCUCGUGCGACAAGCAGGUGAAAUGCUGGGAUUUGGCGAGUGAUCAGAUGGUUCAAGUGGCGGCGCACGAUGCACCCGUGAAGACGUGCCACUGGAUCAAGGGCACCAACUACACGUGCCUCAUGACGGGCUCGUGGGAUAAAAUGCUGAAAUUCUGGGAUACGCGCAGCCCAAAUCCCAUGAUGACCAUCAAUCUCCCGGAACGAUGCUACUGCGCCGAUGUGGACUACCCAAUGGCGGUGGUGGGAACAGCUGGACGGGGGCUAAUCAUCUACUCGCUGGAGAACAAACCGAUGGAGUUUAAGCGUCAGGACAGCCCCCUUAAGUACCAACAUCGUGCUGUGAGUAUCUUCCGGGAUAAGAAGAAGACACCCGUGGGGUAUGCACUGGGCUCCAUUGAGGGACGUGUGGCCAUCCAGUAUGUGAAUCCCACAAAUAGCAAGGAUAACUUCACUUUCAAAUGUCAUCGUUCCAACGGGAAUGCCGGCUACCAGGACAUCUAUGCUGUCAAUGAUAUUGCUUUCCAUCCGGUGCACGGAACCCUCGCCACGGUGGGCAGUGAUGGGACAUUCAGCUUCUGGGACAAGGAUGCCCGCACCAAGCUCAAAUCGUCCGAAACAAUGGAGCAAUCCAUCACAAAGUGCUGCUUCAAUUCCAACGGGCAGAUCUUUGCCUACGCCGUGGGCUACGACUGGUCAAAGGGGCACGAAUACAAUGUCCUCCACAAGAAUCACAUCUUCCUCCGGCCAUGCUACGAUGAGCUCAAACCACGAGCCAACUCUUAAAUUCCUCAAAAUCUUUUUCUUUCACAAAAAUUUGUUAAUAAAUAAACAUUUUCUUCUCACAA